GAGAAGCUGAGAAUGAUCGCCUGCUAAAAGGAUAAGGAGGGAGGGAGAAUCUGGUAGUCACGCAAGAUUGUAACAGGAGAAGAGGCACGGACACAGAAUUCAUGGAUGUAGGCUGAUCCUCAGCGACGGUGACAUGGACAGGUGGCCCUGCCAGUGAACCUCGAGUACCGGUACUCACAGGAUGGAGCGUGUACUCCUGGCACCAGCACUUUUGAGUCUCGAUGCUCUACUGGACCUGAUGAUUUGCGUGUGUCACGAGUUGGUCACUUCGCCAUUGGCCCACGAAACGCACAUCGCAGAUUUCCUGCAUUGGGCUGAGCCAUUAAUCGACAGUUUACGGGAACAGAGGAUGAAGAGAAGUGAUUUUGACAUCCUAAAGGUGAUUGGACGAGGAGCUUUCAGUGAGGUUGCUGUAGUGCGGAAGAAAAGCAACGCUCAAGUUUAUGCCCUGAAGAUAAUGAACAAAUGGGACCUCCUGAAAAGAUCAGAUGUGGCCUGCUACAGAGAAGAGCGAGACGUUCUGGUGAAUGGAGACAAGAGGUGGAUAACACAGUUGCACUUUGCUUUUCAAGAUGACAAUUAUCUUUACCUUGUGAUGGAUUACUAUGUGGGAGGUGACCUCCUCUCCCUCCUCAGUAAGUUCCCAGAUGGGUUUCCUCCCCUCAUGGCCAUAUUCUACCUGGCUGAGAUGGUCAUGGCUGUCAGCUUUGUCCACUCUCUGGGAUACAUCCACAGGGACAUAAAACCAGACAACAUGCUUUUAAACAGGAUAGGUCACAUCCAUCUCGGGGACUUUGGUUCUUGCCUGAAGCUUCGGGAAGACGGCACGGUUUCCUGCUCUGUUGCUGUGGGUACUCCUGACUACAUGUCCCCAGAAAUCCUGCUAUCCCUUGAAGACCACACUUUAUCAUAUGGUGUGGAAUGCGAUUGGUGGUCAAUAGGGGCUUGUGCUUAUGAGAUGUUCUUUGGGCACCCUCCCUUUUAUGCAGAAUCUGUUGUGGAAACAUACGGGAAGAUACUUCAUUAUAAAGAACACUUUACCUUUCCCGCCUCAGCGAGUGAGAUACCACCUGAGGCGCCUGACUUCAUCUCAUCCCUCAUUUGUGAGCGUGAAUCCCGGCUGGGCAUUGGCGGACUCCAUGAUUUCCAGAUGCACCCACUCUUUGCUGAUAUAGACUGGGAAGGAUUGCGGGAUUGCAGUCCACCCUUUGUUCCGGAGUCAGGUGGAGCCACAGACACUUCAAAUUUUGAUGUGGUUGAAGAUCAUCUAUCAGAAAUGAUCACUGGGGGCGGCGAGACCAUAUCAGAUGUUGGGGACAGCUCUCCUCUCGGGGUCAACCUUCCCUUUGUUGGCUACUCUUAUACAUCUAGGGAUGACAGCAGAGAGCAUGUUUGGGGAAACCUGAGAAACUCCUGUGGAUGUAAAUUGGGAUCGGCCCCAAACCUGAAAACAAUGAGCCAUAUGGGGGAUUUGGAAUCACAUCUGGACGCCUCGCUGCUGUCCGACCUGCGCAAUGCUCUGCAGAGUGAAAUAGAGGCACGUGAGGCUCUAACUUCAGAGAUCAAUCUCCUGCAAACAGCUAAUCAGAGCUUGGCUAGUCGCCUGUAUGAUGCCGACCAGAUGAACUGUGAACUUCAAAAGAAGAUCCAUUUAUUGGAGCAGCAACUAAGAGACCGAGAGGGAGGGGAGGAAGAGGAGAGAGACAAACUUUUUCCCCAUCGGAGAUGUGAAAUCUUCAACCAGAAAUCUGAACCUGCCUCUAGGAUUAGACAACUAGAUAGCUGUAUACCUUCCUAUUGCCACCCCUUAGUGACACCAGUUCACCGUCAUAUGCUGCUGUUCUCACGGGUACCUAAGCCCAACUCUUCCUGGGUUGGAUACCUCCUGCACGUGAGCACUUGGACCUUGAAGUAGAUGAUGUCUGAGAGACUACUUUCAGAGAAGUACAAAGAAGAGUUUAGGAAAAACUAAGUUUAUGUCUCUCAAGCCAUCUGAUAGCCCUAAAUCGCAACAAUCAGGUUUACAUUAUGUAUCCUGCGUUACACUGAUACGAAAUGUAUGACGUCUGUCACUCAGUAUUUCAGCAUAAUUCGAGCGCCCAGCCGUUGAGCUCAUUUGCGCUCGACAGCUGGGCGAGCGCAAAUGAGCCCCUUGCGGGCUCGCUGCACUUGCCACGCUGCGGGCACAGUGGUGCGGUACGCGCACCACGCUAUUUAUUCUCCCUCCAGGGGGGCCGUGGACCCCCAAGAGGGAGAAAAGGGGUCGGUAUGCCGGCUAUCAGGAUUCCGGCGCCGGUAUACUGUGCGCCGGCAAACUGAAGACCACCCUUUACAGUGCACAUGUCACAGAUACACAAUGAUGGUCAUUUUGCUGCCUUUUCAUUAUAACUGGUUCAUCCCACAAAAUGGCUGCCCUUUGUGUGUAGGCAAAACAUGCACCUUAAAGGUAUACGGACAAACUGUGGGAAUUCAUAUCUGAGAUGACCUAGAAUCCUAAUCUGCGUAGGAAGAACUGUUAAAAAAAUUUUUUUUAACAUAAUUGUUAUUUUUUUUACUUUAACAGGUCUACACAGUUGCAAAUACACACUCUAUAUAUCAAUAUCAACAUCAAACACAUAAUUCAGCAUUGUGAUAACAUAUCUUAACUAACAUCUAAAUACAGACUGUACUUCUAUCGUUUGUUCUUUACACUAAUAAACUGUGAAAAUACAAUGCCUUUAUAAAGAUAUGUUUACAUAUAAGGCAACAAACUCUGAUUUACCCACCAGUUUAUUAUAUCUGAUGUUAUGGAUAUGCAUAAUAUUUUAGUCCAUAACUGGAAUCUGGCUUAUUAUAAAUAAUUUUAUUAUUUCUCUAUAUUUUUGGCCAAAAUGAUUUACACAUACAGUAUGUAUAGAUCUGUGCCCACAGAUGCCAUGUGAGGCAUCACAGGUAAUGGGCUGGGUCUUCCAUGCAUGGCGGGUGCAUAUUGGACUCAGGCACCAGUGUCCGCGUUGGGACAAACUGGUUACAUUUUAUGAAUGUUUAGGACGUUUAGCACUAUUCAAUGGACAUCUCAAUUCGACUUUUAAAAAAGUCGAAUUGAGAUGCGGCAGG